ACCUUUAUUUAACAUACAAUUUAGAAAGAUCAUACUAUAAGGAACAUGCACAUACCAAGUUUGAAGUUGAUACGACUUCAACAUCAUAAUAAACAACUUUUACCAAAAACAUCUGGGACAGACCAGAAAGCAUAAUGCCACUGUAUUAUUUCUUUCAGGUCGUUUUUACGCUUAAAGUUGAGGUCGCAAAUGCGGCCACAGAUCAGCAAUGAUGUCCAAACAAAUACCAUACAUUUAUCAGAAUCUGCAUCACAAAAAAAAACUGCUGCACAAAGGUCAGAGAAUUACAGGGACAAAAUAAAACAAGACCCUGAAAAAUAUAUUGCAUACUUAGAAAGAGAAAAAGAACGAAAUAGAAAAUGGAGGGAAAAUUGGUCUUCUGAACAAAAAAUCAAUCAGAGGGAAAAAACGAGGUUACGAGUACGUAAAUGGGGAGAAGAAAGAAAACCAGAGGAAAUUGUUAAAUUAAAAAAAAAACCUAAACCAAAAACACGUGCACAAGUAAGUUCAGAAAGAGAAUACUGGCAGAGAAAAAAAGAAGAACAACGAGCAAAGUACUCAAGCCAAAAGAGAAGAAGAAUUAAUGAAAAAAGGCGGUUGCAAUACAAAUUGAAUAAAUCCAAGAGCACAACUGAAAACCUAAUGCCAGCUGAAUCAACAGAAACUCACCAAGGGUAUUCAACAAAGGAAGCAGAAAGAAAGGCUGUGUACAGAGCCUCGUUGCAUCUACCUUCAUCACCUGAAAAGUUUGCAUCUGUAGUUGGUGGGUUGACUGCUAAGGCAACUCCAAGAAAAAGAGAAGCAUUGACCAAACAUGGCCUUUUACUGACACCAACAAAAAAAAGACAUCUUAGGAUAAGCCAAGAAAUAAUCUGCAAGAUGAAAGAUGAUUUGCAUAAAACCAGAAAACAUCGCACUAAGGAGGUUUUAAAGAAAAGAAGACUUUUAACUAGCUUCAUACUUAAAGAUGCUGAAAAGAGAAAGGCUGGCAUUUCUUGGAAAUUUGCAGUUAAAUGUUCAAAACUUAAAGAUGUAUGGGAAGAAGAUUCUGAAACACCAAAAAGAAGUGAUGCUUUGACAGAAGAUACAAUUGACAAGAUAGAAAAAUUCUACAAAGAUUUUGACACUGUAUGUCUGCCGGAUAAAAAACAGGCAUCAUUGAAAUCUGAAGAACCAAAAAGAAUCUUGCAGAGCAGUUUAAGGGACAACUACAAUGAAUUCCUUAAAGAAAACCAAGAAUGUACAUUAAAUUUUUCCAAGUUCACUGCACUAAGACCCAAGACUGUACAGACUAUGAGUAAAUCUAUUUUUAACAAUUGUCUUUGUGAGUAUUGUACAAAUAUUCAAUAUAAAGUAAAGGCACUAAAUAUUAAAGGAGUUAACACCAGAUAUGACUUGUUAGCAAGAACUGUAUGCCAAAAACCAGAAGGAUCUAGAUAUUACAAAAUUGAAUGUGUUAAAAGGUUAUGCAAAUUAUGUGGGGUAGAUAAGUUUAUUUCCCAGUUAGACUUGAACAAAAGGCAUAUUAUACAAUGGUAUAAAUGGGAAACGCAGACGUAUAUGCAUGCAAAUGAAAAAAAAUCAAAGAAGGUUCUAAGUUUAAAGAAAGAGAGUGUCAAUAAUUUCCUUGAAGAGCUCAAAAAAGAAUUACAGCCAUUCAGUGCUCACUUAAAUACUGCCUGGUGGCAACAUGACCAAUUCAGACAUGUGACACAGAAUUUGCCGUCUGAUUGGACUAUUUUCUGUAGUGAUUUUGCAGAAAAUUAUACAUGUAUAUACCAGGAUGAAGCACAAAGUGCACAUUGGUCUCAUGACACAGUUACUCUUUUCAGCAUUGUUGCCUACAUCAGAUGCAAAUUCUGUAAGUUAGUCGUAACUCAAAGCAUGAUCUAUGUGUCAGAAGACAAAAAACAUGACUUUCAUUAUGUUCAACAUUGUAUUUCAUUGGCAAACGAGUAUAUACAAAGAGUUUAUGAGAUUAAAUCUAAGAGGCAGAUUCACUUCAGUGAUGGAGCAGCAUCACAGUUCAAGUCGAAAACCCCAUUUGCAGAUGCUCUUCACAGCAAAUCAGACUUUGGUUUUCCUGUUGAGAAACACUUCUUUGGAAGCAGGCAUGGUAAAGGACCAUGUGAUGGUGAAUUCGGGGUUAUUAAAAGAAUUGUAACAAAUGCUGUAAAAAACAGAAAAGCCAUGGUGAAAAAUGCAAGUGAAUUCUUUGAUUUUGCAGAGGCAAAUUUAAGACGGCCAACACUAGACUCGCAGAAUGAAUGUUGUCAUUUUAGAAGAAAUUUCUUCAUAGUAAAGGAAGGUGAUGUCAACAGAAAACGCCAAGAGAGGACCAAUGUGAAGGCUGUUCCUGAAACCAGACAACUUCAUUCUGUGAGGGCUUCCAAUGAUUCGGCUUCUCUAGAAAAGCGCACACUUAGCUGUUUUAGCUCAACAUGCAUACAAGGAUCUGGUUCCUGUCAUAAUGUAGACAUGGUAGAAGGUUGGAUAAAAGAGACACAAAGAAGACAGUUGAACAAGAAAGACACCUCUAAAAAAAGUAAGAAAGUUGACAAGAAAAAUGUCAAAGGUUUGUUUAAGGAAACUCCAAGAAAACAGUUGAGCAAGAAAAACCAAAGAGCAACUCGUUCAAAUAGCCACAAGAAAGCAGACUCACAAGAUAGAAUACAGGAUUUACCAAAACAAAAAGAAUUUAACAGACAAGACACAACAGUUGAAGAAUUGCACUCUCUUGAAAAUACCUCACCACAAAUCAAUGAACUAUCAGUCAAUAUUGCAAGAGUGCAAGAUAAUAAGGACACUCUUUUUGAAGUUAUAUUACAAACUUUGAAGAGCUCUACUACAGUAGAUGACAUGAUGAUUAAAGGAACUGAACUCGCAAGUGUGAUACCACAUCUUAGGUGCAACAAAGAUGAAGACAUUUCUAUUUCUGGAAGUGGGUUACAUAUUGACAAGCUCGGGAUGGAACUGUUGCCGGAUGAUGUCAAGGAAGAAGGAUAUUUCCCUGCAAGUGUACUUGGUGAUGGAAAUUGCUUGCCUAGGUCUGCUAGUGUGAUAAUGUAUGGAACAGAAAACAAUCAUACGGAACUACGUGUCAGAAUUGCAUUAGAACUGGCAUGCUAUUUGCCGCUGUAUGUGGACCAUACAUAUUUAAGGAGAGGUGAACAACUAUCUGAUAAAGAAGCGCUUGUUCUCCCAAAGUCUUACGUUAUGUAUUCAGAGCUGUAUACACCUGGAGAUAUAAUUACUUCAUCUUUGAUAGAAAGAACACUAUUUGAAGAGAUUAGGAAAGUAUGCAGUGCAAAUGAAUUCAUGGGAAUUUGGCAGAUUUUUGCACUUGCAUCAGUUUUGGGAAGGCCUCUGCAAUCAGUUUAUCCAAAUCGUGGAAAUCCAAAUGUGAGAAAAGAUCUCAAUCGAUCAAUCUUGCCAAGGGAAAUGGAAAGCAACACACCUGCAUAUAUCCUCUGGUCAUCAAACAUAAAUGAUGAAAUGACAUAUGCUCAUUGGAUUCCAAACCAUUUCUGUCCAAUUUUGAAGAUGUCCAUAAAUGAUGAUGUCCUUGAAUACAGUACUGACACUCUUGGAGAUAUAGACCUGGAAAACAUCAGCGGGUUGUCUGAGCAGCUGGCUUCCUGGGUCAUGGAUUUACUUGAUGACAGUGAUUCAGACGUCAGCAAUAACCAAUAUAAUAUGGAUGAGACCACAGCUGAUCAACACUCCUCAUUGGAUAAACUGACAGAUAACCAGUCCUCGAUGACAGUUAAACCCAUGGAUGUCCAAACUUUUGCUUCAGUUCAACCGGAAGAGGCUCUGAUGUCCAACUUGCAGGACAACAGUGAACAGAGCAACAAUAGUAUUGUUGUGUCUAAGGAUGAGACCACAGCUGAUCAACACUCCUUAUUGGAUAAACUGACAGAUAACCAGUCCUCGAUGACAGUUAAACCCAUGGAUGUCCAACCUUUUGCUUCAGUUCAACCGGAAGAGGCUCUGAUGUCCAACUUGCAGGAUAACAGUGAACAGAGCAACAAUAGUAUUGUUGUGUCUAAGGAUGAGACCACAGCUGAUCAACACUCCUUAUUGGAUAAACUGACAGAUAACCAGUCCUCGAUGACAGUUAAACCCAUGGAUGUCCAAACUUUUGCUUCAGUUCAACCGGAAGAGGCUCUGAUGUCCAACUUGCAGGAUAACAGUGAACAGAGCAACAAUAGUAUUGUUGUGUCUAAGGAUGAGACCACCACUGAUCAACACUCCUUAUUGGAUAAACUGACAGAUAACCAGUCCUUGAUGACAGUUAAACCCAUGGAUGUCCAACCUUUUGCUUCAGUUCAACCGGAAGAGGCUCUGAUGUCCAACUUGCAGGAUAACAGUGAACAGAGGGACAAUAGUAUUGUACUGUUCCAAGAGAAGCCCUUAUAUGACCAGCUCUUAGUCUCUGAGCACUACACUAAAAGAUAUAAUGAGCAACAGAGGUUGAUGUGUGGCCCUAUGUUUACUUCUAUACCCACAAGAAGGAGGACUUGUGGAUAAGUGCAUCGAUACGCCAUUCCAUAAUAUCAUCAGAGGUGGUCAAACCAAUAGACCCGCCAGAUGUCUGUUUGAUUGGAACUAGACGAUUUAUGUACAAAUUCAAAGAUCUUUGAACUUCAGGAAUCUGUGCCAGAGAGUGUUCCAAGUUUUAUGUCAAAUAAAAUAUUUGGUUAACGUU